GAGAAGAAGGAGGAACCGUCGAAGGACGCCCUGGACGCCGAGAUGGAAGAGUACAUGAAGUCCAAAGCUUGAUCCUUGUGUACAUAACCUGUACAUAUACAUUUAAAUAUUCUUACUUUUCAUCUAACAACGCGUUUAGUUUUUUUGUAUUGUAUUCACUACUGGGCAUUUAACUUCUCCUUCUUCACAUUUAAUCAAAUGCUCAAUUCUACUAAACGAUAAAAACUAAAAGUGAAUCUUACGACAUUGAAAAGAAAAUCAUUUAGCUCGGCUUCAAAUCAUGUACGCUGUACACUGGUGCGUAAUGUUAGACGAUGUUGUACACUGUACCUUAAAUUAAACUACGAAUUGAACAGUUUCUAUGUUUCCAGAUUUAAAAGAAAAUGGCGCUGCCAUGAACCUGAGUGUGCUGAACUCUCUAGUAUCUGCUGUAAAACAGUUCUUUAUUAACAUAUUCUUCUCCCCUCCAAAGGGAGAAUAUUUGUAUCCAAGAUGCGGAGAGGAUGUUCUAGAAAUUCUUACUCAAGCCAGAGACAACAAAACUCAGGUGAAAGUUGUUGGAGGGAGUUUUCCUCUGUCCUCCGAGUCUCCCGAGGACGUUAUCCUCAACCUCAAUCUUAUGAACAAACUCAUCGGGCUGGAUGUUCAUCAGCAAACUGUGAUAGCUGAGCCUGGGAUGUUGUUAUCUCAUCUCAGCGCUUUAUUGGAGACGGUCAACCUAUCCCUGGAUUUAGCAGGUACGGUUCCUGAUUUAUCAAUUGUAGAUGCCAUAGCAGUAGGAUUAGCGGGAUGUGGCGGAACUCUGGCAAAGAACAUUCUAAGUGUGGAGGUAGCUCUCCCCGGGGCGGACGGUGGAAGGAGCCGGAGGGCAGAGCUUAACUCUUGGUCUUGGACCACCAACCCGGCCCAGAUGUCUGCCUUGUUCAGUGGACUCGGCCUGGUGGCGGUUGUUAUCGCCGUCACAUUUAAAUGUAUUCCGUUAUAUAGAGUGACCGAGGUUUCGUACCUAACCUCUCUCCGUGAUAUUCUGGAGACCUGGAGUCUAGUUCAUAGAACCAGUUUCUCCCAACAACUAAUCUGGUAUCCAUUCUCAGAGCUGGUUAUUCUCACACAUACUUCUAAUCUGAAUAGGAAUGUUGCGAUUGCGCAAUCUUUUAUAAACCGUCAAUUCUCCAAUACAAGUCGAGCUGUUGCUAGAUUUAUUAGAAAAAUAAAUCUUUUUCUAUUCUCAAGUGCCCCGAUAUUAAGUUCUGUUCUUGCAAGGAUUCAGUUCAUAUCUCUUUGGUCCGUCGCUAAGAACCGGAGUGACUACGCUCAUCCUUCCGUCUCCUACAUCGACUGUGAUAUAUUACGUGGCGCCACCUGGCUCCUACCCCUUGCAUCCCUGCCUCCCCUCCUCUGCAGCAUAUCCCAGUGGUCGCACUCCCACCCUGCUGUAGUCUCCUCCCCCCUCCUCAUCUACACUAUCCAGGGGGAGGGGGAGGGAAGGGUUGGACUAGCCCCCUAUCUUCAGCCAAGUAUAGAGGGUAAAGGUGCUGCUGCCACUGUUUGGUAUGAUUGGUUUCUCUCAGAUUCCUCCCCUGAUCCUCUAGAGCUGGCGCAGUUCGAGGAAAUGUUUCAUAGUUAA